AUGCGACUUCUCGACACAUCCACUUCCACCCUGACUCUAAAAGAAUUCAUAGCAUACCAAAUCCCACCAUACGCCAUCCUCUCGCACCGAUGGGGAGACGAAGAACUCGCCUUCCAAGACCUAGACCGCAUAGACGAACUCAUCCAGCAAAAGAGUGGAUACGAUAAAGUCAAGCGGUUUUGCGAGAGAGCAGCUCAUGACGGGUAUCCAUACGCCUGA